AUGCGUCUCUCUCCCAUCGCCGCGAUCCUGAUUCUGGCAGGUGCUGUCAAUGGCGCUGUCAAUGGCGCCAACAGCGCCAAGCAGACUGUUUCCGAUAUCGUAGCUCUCACUGACCUUUCCUCAAAGACCGAGGAUAUUGCUAAGAGCAUCCAUGCUAUUAACGUGAAAGUCAAGGCUCCUCAAUUGAUCAGCAACUUCAAGGAGAUCAAUCAUAUGCUCACCAAUGAAAUCUACCCGGGGUCCAAGCGUAACUUGCACGCCCGCGAGGAGGGUCUGAAUAUUGAGGAUCCCUCCGAGGUUCUCGAUCGUUGGGAUGUCAAGAAGCGCCAGAGCGGUGCAUACUCCGAACACGACCAGAAGGCUGUUUGCAGCGCCUUCGCGACCUUCGUGCAAGUCCAGCACCAGCUUCUGCGCACCGUGGUUGAUAAACACGACUUGAUAGAACUCACAUCUGAGUAUCGCCAGGUUGGCGGAGUCCUUCGUACCCUGGAAGCUGGGGUUGACAAACUUGUUCACGGAAUCCUCGAUCAUAUCCCUACUUGUGCCGAGGAUGUUACUAAGAACAAAACAUCCUUCGAUGAGUCUCUGAUCAACGCCGAGGACAAGUAUUCUCGCUAG